GGCGGUAACUUUCAUAUGUCUGCAGUACACAUCUGGAAGAGGUUACUCGUGCUCUUGUUUACUCUGAGGACGGUUUUAGAGUUUCACUCCAACCUGAAAAUGUCUUUCAUAAAGACUGAGGCAAAAAGCGACUUUUCUUAUCACAACUUGCCGUACGGAGUGUUUUCGACGCCGGAUAAUGUCAGACACAGAAUCGGUGUUGCCAUUGGAGACCAAAUCUUGGACCUCAGUGUCAUCAAGCAUCUUUUCAAGGGACCGACUGUGCAGCCACACCAACAUGUGUUUGAACAGCCCACUCUUAAUGCAUUUAUGGCUCUGGGUUAUGAAACGUGGAGAGAAGUGAGAAAGACCCUCCAGAUGCUUCUGUCUGCGAAUGAGCCCACGCUGCGGGAUGACGUCAGUUUACGAAGCCGGGCGUUUGUUCAUCAGAGUUUAGCAGUGAUGCAUCUCCCAGCAGAAAUAGGCGACUACACGGACUUCUACUCUUCUCGAGAUCACGCCACCAAUGUUGGAAUAAUGUUCCGUGGAAAAGAAAAUGCCUUGAUGCCCAACUGGCUGAGGCUGCCGGUGGGCUAUCAUGGCAGAGCUUCAUCUGUGCUGGUUUCUGGGACGGCGAUCAGAAGACCUCAAGGACAGAUGAGGCCAGACGCUGCUCAGCCACCCAUCUUUGGACCUAGCAAGCAGCUGGAUAUUGAGUUGGAGAUGGCAUUCUUCGUAGGAAAGGGAAAUAAGUUGGGAGAGCCCAUCCCGGUGGAGAAAGCUCAUGAACACAUCUUCGGCAUGGUGCUAAUGAAUGACUGGAGUGCUCGGGACAUCCAGGCUUGGGAGUAUGUCCCAUUAGGUCCAUUCCUGGGCAAGAAUUUUGGGACCACCAUCUCACCCUGGGUCGUUCCCAUGGAGGCUCUGAUACCCUUUGUUGAGCCCAAUCCUGUACAGGACCCUGUGCCUCUUCCAUACUUGCGUCAUGAUGACCCCUACACAUUCAACAUCAACCUCUUUGUCAGUGUGAAAGGUGAGGGGAUGCAAGAAGCCGCCACCAUUUGCAAGUCCAAUUUUAAGCACAUGUACUGGUCUAUGAAGCAGCAGCUGGCGCAUCACACAGUGAACGGCUGCAACGUCAGACCCGGAGACCUGCUGGCAUCAGGAACCAUCAGUGGACCGGAUCCUGAGAGUUUUGGCUCUAUGCUGGAGCUCUCCUGGAGGGGAACCAAGACCAUCAACCUUGGUGGAGGAGAAACCAGAACCUUCCUGAAGGACGGAGACGAGGUCACUCUCUCAGGUCUGUGUGUUGUUUUUAUAUCCUGUGAAAACUUUCGUUUUGGAGGGAAUUUCAUGUUACUGAACCCCAAGCGUUAG